AUGUUCGUCCCACAGAGACUGAACCCAAGCCAGGAGAGCCUGUGCCAGUUCUAUGUUGGCAAAAACAUUCAUGAUGUACCGAAACCUGCCUUGGUGCUCGAUCAGGCCAAAAUGCGCCGCCACUGCCAGUCACUCUCGGCCGCGGCCGAAGCACUCGGCGUUGGCUUUCGGGCACACGUCAAAACACACAAAACUGUGGAAGGUACUAGGCUGCAGGUUGGAGAUAGCAACCAUGUUAAGCUCGUUGUAUCAACGAUUGCCGAGAUUGAACAUUUGCUUCCCCUCCUGGCAGAGUAUCAGCACCAAGGCCGUCAGGUAAACGUUUUGUAUGGCAUUCCCCUACCCCAAUCUCAAGUCAGUCGCCUGGCUACAGUCGGACAGAAACUAGGAGCGGGAAGUCUCUCCGUCUUGGUAGACCAUGCAGACCAGCUCAGGCUCUUGUCUCGAUUCCAUCACGAGGCUGGAUUCCCCGCUGGCGUAUACGUCAAGGUCGACACCGGGUAUCACCGUGCGGGGCUUCCCCCAUGGGGCAUCAACAAGGACGGGCUUCUUUUGCAACUUGUUACCUUGGACAUUCAGAGCACAGCCAACUUCAUCGGCCUGUACUCUCACAGCAGUCUGAGCUACAACGACUCGACUCCUGCUCAGGCCAUGGCAAAUCUUGAAGGGGAGAUUACUGGCUGCAUGGAUGCGGUGGCCGAUAACACGCAAUUUUUCCCCAAGAACAGGACCUUUGUCAUAAGUGUUGGUGCCUCUCCUCAAGUAUCGUCCGUUGAGAACCUUGUCGCAGACGGUGGCGAAUUGUCCCCAGCUGCCCAAUCACUUCGCGCCGCAAUGAAAGCUGUUGGGGAUGAAAGACCGUCUGGUAUCCAGACAAGCUUGGAGCUACACGCCGGCGUUUAUUCCAUUCUCGAUAUACAGCAGCUUGCAACCAAAUCCAGGGUCAAACUCGGGACCUAUGAAGACGAGAUUGCCGUCUCUGUUGUCUCUGAGGUGUGCAGCGUGUACAACAAUGGUGAGAGAGCACAACCAGAGGCAUUCGUUUCCGUUGGCGUUCUUGGUCUCGGACGCGAACCAUGCGCGGCGUACAAAGGAUGGGGUGUUGUCGACCGCUCAGCCUUGUCGCCAGAGACAAUGGCUGGCCGGCAGCUCAUUGUAAGCCGAGUUAGUCAAGAGCAUUCUAUCCUUGCCUGGGAAGCUGAUGCCACUGGCAAUGGGACAAUGCCGCUUCCGCUCACCGUUGGCCAAAGCAUCCGAAUCUACCCCAAUCACGCUUGCAUUACAGGUGCGCUCUACGGAUGGUAUUUGGUGGUAGACUCGGAUAUGUCCGGCACUGAGACACAAAUUGUCGACGUGUGGUGCAGAGCUAGUGGGUGGUAA